GCCGGUGAGCGGGUGGUAAGACCCCGAGGUGCUACCUCGGCGUGGCGGGUGGGCGGGCGGCCCGGGCGAGGGGCUCGCAGCCUGGGCGUCAGCGUGGUCAUGGCCGUCGUGGCUCCCGCCGCGGGCCUCGGCGCAGAGAUCCUAGGGCCGCGGCGCCGUUCCUGUCCCGCUAGUGGUGCGGCCCCGGCCGGCGCUGCCCGGCCGCCCCGCAGUGGCAUGCGGGGGUCGCCGUGGCGUGCUGCAGGCGCCUCCUUCCCGGCACCUGCUCAGCUGCUCCUCCCUGCGCCCCCACCUGGCUCCCGCGCGCACCCGGGCAGCGCCCCAGGAGGGGCCCCCUCGCCAGCCCUUGCUGCGCGGCCUGCGCCCCCUGCGCCCCCAGUACUGAUCCAGCUUUGCGGGGGAGACGCGCACCCGCCUCUUGCCUUUAGCCGGGCCAGGAGCUCUGGGGCCCUUCCGGAGCACCCGGGAGCUACCUGUGUGCGCACAUCUUCUCAGUCGCCACAGCCCCGGUGCAGGCCUGGCAGGAGAAGGAUCCCCGCGGAAGUGCCUCGACUAACUCAGCCCCUUUCUGCACACUCUGCUCUUCCCUGGGCGCGCUGUCGCCUUACUUAUUCCUGCGUGGUUCAGGCGCUGCAGAAGGGGAAGGCACCUAGACUGCACUGGGAAGGCCCCUGGAGUUGACCUGGAGCGCCAGGAAAGGUCAGUGGAGGGAAGUGCUCCAAGCAGAGGGAAGAGUUUGUGCCAAGGCCCUGAGACCCCGGCGGGGGAGCCUAAUAAUGGCAGGUAACAGUCAGCACUUGCCACGCGCAAGGCAUGUUCUGAGUGUGUGUCUCGUGUCAUUUCUGUGAUGCUUGCACAUCGUCAGGGGGUACCUACCAUUGGAACCUCCUCUUUUAACAAAUGAGGAAAGUGAGGCACACAGCGGUUAAGGGACUUACACC